CCCCCCGUCAAGUGCAAUGGAGACACGGAAGCAGAAAAGGGGGAGGGAAUCCACACACAUAUACAUACUUACGGCUGAUAUUACAGAAAAGAACUGUGGCCACAAUGCACUAAAAGGUUCUGAAAGGAGAGAGGAGAGUGAUAUCUUUCUGGGUGUGUCCUGAACAAGACAGCGUGCAUCUACAUUUCUGGAUUUACCUCAUUCCUGCCUCCAUUAUGUCGCUGCUCACUCACGUGCUGGCAUGCCUAUUUGGUAUGGGGUCCUGGGUGGCCAUCAAUGGGAUGUGGGUGGAGCUCCCCUUGAUCGUACCAGGUAUUCCAGAGGGGUGGUACCUGCCCUCAUACCUCACAGUCCUCAUCCAGAUGGCCAACAUAGGUCCUCUCUUCAUCACCCUGAUGCACCGAUUCCGCCCAGGGGCGCUGGAUGAGCGGCCAGUCAUCUAUUGCAUUGUGGGGUUGGGGAUCAUUGCCACAUUCCUGUUGGCUUUCUUCUGGAAUCACACAGUGACAAUAGGGGACUCUUUGCACAGUGUGCCCCUGCUGCUGUUAAGCUUCCUGCUCUCAGUGGUAGACUGCACCUCCUCUGUUACCUUUCUGCCUUUCAUGAUGCGGCUAUGUCCGCAGUACCUCACCACAUAUUUUGCAGGUGAGGGUCUCAGUGGUCUGGUGCCUGCACUGGUGGCUCUGAUUCAAGGUGUUGGUGUGGUACACUGUGAGAAUGCCACUUUGGCUGGUGCAGCCAACAAGAUAGCUGAUAAUGCCACUGCGGUCGGCAGUGCAGAGCUACAGGCCGUCUACCAGCCCGCUAAGUUCUCUGCCCAGGUCUUCUUUGUGUUCCUCAGUGCUAUGAUGGUCGUGUCCCUGGUAGCCUUCAUCCUACUCAACCAUCACCCAGCUGUUGCUCGGGAGAGGAAGAAUGACCUGUACUUCAGUGAUGAUCUGGCUCAGGGGAAGAGGGAACAAAGUCUGUCUCUGCACGCUCAGACACCAGAGCAGAAGCCGAUGAUCAGUCCCCUGGAGUCGGUCCGGAGGGUACCCAGGAGCUCUUUUGGGAGGGGGACGUACAGCAGUCUGGAGGUGGUGUUCAUCUUUGUGGUGCUGGCCUGGGUCAACGCGCUGACCAAUGCAGUGCUGCCCUCAGUGCAGUCCUACUCCUGUCUGCCUUAUGGGAACAAAGCCUACCAUCUCGCUGCUACCAUGGCAGCUGUCGCCAACCCAGUGGCCUGCUUCAUUGCCAUGUGUGUACCAAUCAGGUCUCUCAUCUUCAUGGGCUUCCUGACCAUGUUUGGGACUGGAUUUGGAGCCUACAUCAUGGCCAUGGCUGCUCUUAGUCCCUGUCCCCUGCUGGUCCACAGUGUUUCUGGAACUGUAGUCAUAGUGUUGGCCUGGAUCCUGUUUGUCCUGUCCCUGUCCUACGUGAAGGUCAUCAUUGGGGUGAUCUUGAGGGAUGAAGGCCACAGUGCCCUGGUGUGGUGUGGAGCAGUAGUGCAGUUGGGCUCCAUGGUUGGAGCUAUAUCCAUGUUUCCACUAGUCAGUGUCUAUGGACUUUUUAAGUCAGGUGAUGCUUGCAACACAAAAUGUCCAAUGUAGACAAUACAUAUGUUUAAGUUAAACACUGCUGUACAAAACCUAAAUACAAAUUGCACUUACCUUAGAAGCACUGAACCCAUUGUAGUCACAUGCUUUACAUAUUCCAGCUUGAUUCAACAAAAGUGAGAGUCAAAUAUCUACUACUAUAUCACUCCUUUUUUUUUGCAGACGUGCUCUUGUGAGUCAGAUAAUAAAUUCAUGCUUUACACAUAUAUUUGUAUUUAUGAUAUAUAGAGUAAGCUCUGUUUGAAAUGGCGUCAACAUUGUCAAUGCCUCAGACCACACAAGACCAACUAAAUGGUAUUUUACUGCUGUGUAUAUUUCAAUUCCUUCAAUUCAGAGGUCAAAGCUGUUUUACUUGAAUUGUUAACAUAAUGUGAAAGUAUAAUGAUGUUUCUUUUAUAAGAACCUGUGGUACUUUUGGCUUUAAAAUGUGCCUUAAUUUGAAACACUGAUAAAUUUAUGGUUUUGGAGUAUUUAACAUUACAACUUGCUUUAUGUAUGCUACUAGAAUGGAGAAACUGCAACCAUACCAAAUAAAACAUUUGUUUUUA